AUCCCCGUCACCCUUUUUCACCCCACCCCAUUCUCCUUCUUCCUCCAGAGUCCAGACGGCGUGCUUCCGCCUGCCGCCGCCGGCGAGCUGCUUGCCCGCAGCAUGACUCCGCAUCCUGGCCGCCUCGUCCUACCACCGGCGGCUCCUUCUCCCUGAACCCCGCCGCGCGCCAGGCACCACGCCUCCCUCCGCAGUCACACGAGCACGCGGCCGUCCUCUGCCGCACCGCGCCGCCUCCAGACGCCUCGCUCGUCAGGUCUCUCCACCUCCGCCUGCGAACGUUCGGCCCAGCUCCGGCGAGUUCCUCCGCAAUUCCGGAUCUGCUGGAGCGCCAGCAAGGCGGUCUCUCCAACCCUCCGGAGUCCGGACCAGCAAGGGUUCUGAUCUCCCAUGCCACAGUUUAUAACGUUGAAGGAUUCAAAAAUCUACAGAACUAGAUGAUACUUGCAUAAUGCAGUCCUCAGGUAUUUGGAAGGCGCAUGCUGGUUCAUCACAGUCAGAGGGUUCGGGUCUGGAUAUGGAGAGGAACGGAUGCAAUCAUAAUUAUUGUCCAUCUCCUCUCCAACCAAUUGCCUCAGCUGGUCAGCACUCUGAAAGCAGCGCUGCAUACUUUUCUUGGCCUACAUCUACUCUAAUGCACGGGUCAGCUGAAGGCCGUGCUAAUUACUUUGGGAACCUACAGAAGGGUGUACUACCAGGACAUCUUGGUCGCUUGCCAAAGGGCCAGCAAGCUACCACCUUACUUGAUUUAAUGAUUAUAAGAGCAUUCCACAGCAAGAUCCUCCGCCGGUUUAGUCUUGGUACAGCAAUAGGCUUUAGAAUCAGGAAAGGAACAUUGACUGACACACCUGCCAUCCUUGUGUUUGUUGCUCGAAAGGUUCACAGGAAGUGGCUCAGCGCUACUCAAUGUCUUCCAACUGCCCUUGAGGGACCUGGGGGUGUGUGGUGUGAUGUUGAUGUUGUUGAAUUUUCUUAUUAUGGUGCACCAGCCCCAACACCAAAGGAACAACUUUAUGAUGAGCUUGUUGAUGGAUUGCGUGGUAGCGACCCUAUUGUAGGCUCAGGUUCACAGGUGGCUAGUCUUGAGACCUAUGGGACUUUGGGUGCCAUUGUGAAGAGUCAAACUGGCAAUAAACAAGUUGGGUUCCUUACAAACAGGCAUGUUGCGGUUGAUCUGGAUUAUCCCAACCAGAAGAUGUUCCAUCCGCUACCUCCUAAUCUUGGGCCUGGAGUUUACCUAGGUGCCGUUGAGAGAGCAACAUCAUUUAUAACAGAUGAUGUUUGGUACGGGAUUUACGCAGGAACAAACCCAGAAACUUUUGUCCGAGCUGAUGGUGCAUUUAUACCGUUUGCUGAUGACUUUGACAUUACAAGUGUCAGCACAUCGGUUAAAGGAGUUGGAGUCAUUGGUGAUGUAAAGGCAAUUGAUUUGCAAUCCUCAAUUGGCAGUCUCAUUGGGAGACAAGUUGUCAAAGUUGGAAGAAGUUCUGGUCUGACAACAGGAACUGUUGUCGCAUACGCACUUGAGUACAAUGAUGAGAAGGGAAUAUGCUUCUUCACUGACUUUCUUGUCGUUGGGGAGAACCAACAAACAUUUGAUCUUGAAGGGGACAGCGGAAGCCUCAUAAUCUUGACAGGACAAGACGGUGAGAAGCCACAGCCUAUAGGGAUUAUUUGGGGUGGUACAGCUAAUCGGGGAAGGUUGAAACUUAAAAGUGGCCAGGGUCCGGAGAACUGGACCAGUGGAGUUGACCUUGGCCGCCUUCUUGAUCUCUUGGAGCUAGAUCUGAUCACAACAAGUGAAGGGCUACAAGCUGCCUUGGAAGAACAAAGGAUUACUCUAGCCGCCGCUGCUGCUGCGGCAACUAAUUCAACUGCCACAGAAUCGUCACCUGUUGCUGGCCCUCAAGAGAAUGAUAAAAUCGACAAAAUCUAUGAACCUCUCGGCAUCAACAUCAUUCCUCGGGACAGUUCUUCCAUAUCAACAGACCAACCCAACGAGAAUGUGGAAGAGCUAAACCUGAUGUCUCCGAUGCGCAACGGUCAAGAAGGCAACGGUGACUUGAAUAACUUGAUGGACUUGGAACUGGAAAAUUCACCUGAUGGUAUUUGUAUUGCCCUGAACCUGGGAGAGCGGGAGCCAAAAAGACUCCGCUCAGAUUUUGAUUCGACCCUGGACAUGGACUUGCAGAAAUGAGGCUGUUAUGCUGCAGACUUGUUGCAGGAGGCUCUGCACUAUUCAGCUUUUGUGUUGAUCAUUGAAGGUAUGGCCAUAAAGGAAAUAAUAUGUUUCUGGACGACUGGACCUGUUGUCCUGCUUGGAGCCGGUCUGGGUUAAGCUGUGAAGCUCCUGCUGCAGUUUUGCGUCUAGUGUCAAGUGCUCUAGUAUAUCUAGUGUUGCGUAAGAUGUCGGCACCUCAAUUUGACAGAGGCGCCAUACUUCUUGCCCAUGUAAUGUUGUCAUUUGUUGUAUGCUCGUGUAUAUGUACUACAUGAAGCAUUGUAAAAUUGAGCAACAGC